GCAGAGCACACUCGGCGCCCAGCGCCCGCCGCGUGAGCACUGGCCAGCAGCCGAGCCGGCACCAUGCACGAGCUGCACGUGCACGACGUGCUGGGGAGGAAGGCGGCCGGCCACGAGCUGACCGCCAAGGAGAUCGAGCUCUUCGUGGAGCGAGUCUCCCGAGAGGAGAUCGACCGACUGCAGCUAGGCGCUCUGCUGAUGGCCAUCUACACCCGCGGCAUGGUGCAGCGCGAGGUGACCCAGCUGACCGCGGCCAUGACCCGAUCGGGCGAAGUGCUCCGCUGGCCCGACGACUGGACCGUGGUCGACAAACACAGCACCGGCGGCGUCGGCGACAAGGUGUCGCUGCCGCUGGCGCCGGCACUGGCCGCGCUCGGCUUCAAAGUGCCCAUGGUAUCCGGCCGCGGCCUGGGCCACACCGGCGGCACGCUCGACAAACUGGAGGCCAUUCCAGGGUUCAGCGUCAGUCAGACGGCUGGUCAGAUGCGCGCCUGUCUGGAGCGCGUCGGCUGCUGUAUCGUCGGCCAGACCCAGACGCUGGUGCCGGCCGACCGGGUGCUCUACGCCAGCCGCGAUGUUACUCACACUGUCGACUCGGCACCGCUCAUCUGCUCGUCCAUCGUUAGCAAGAAGGCCGCCGAGGGUCUGCAGGCGCUCGUGCUGGACGUCAAGUACGGCGCCGGGGCGUUCCAGCGGGACGCCAGGCACGCCGCCGAGAUCGCCAGGAUGCUGGUGGACACAGCGAACGGGAUGGGUAUCAGCACGGCGGCGCUCAUCACUAGCAUGGAGUCGCCCAUCGGCCAGACGGUCGGCAACGCGCUGGAGGUGGCCGAGGCGGUGCGCUGCCUGCGCGGCCGCGGCGCCGCCGACCUGCGCGAGCUGGUCACGGCGCUGGGCGGCCAGCUGGUGCAGCUGGCCGGCCGCGGCUCGGCCCAGCACGGCGCCCAGCUGGUGGCGCGCGCGCUGGCCGACGGCUCGGCGCUGGACAAGUUCCGACAGAUGCUGGUGUGCCAGGGUGUCAGCGAGCCGGACGCGCACCAGCUCUGUCACGGAGACGAGUGGACGGUGCUGCCGCGCGCGCCGGCCAUCGAGGACGUGUGUGCCACGGACGCAGGCUUCGUGCACGCCGUGGACGCGAUGGCGGUGGCCCGCGUGUGUGCCGCGUUAGGAGCCGGCAGAAAGCAGGCCGGCGACUCCGUGGACCACAGGGUCGGCAUCACGUUCCUGGUCCGCCUCGGAGACAUGCUCGAGAUCGGACAGCCGUGGGCGCAGAUCCACCACUGUGGCAAUCUGACGGACGCCGGCCGGCUGCAGGUGCGCCAGGCGCUCCGUCUGACUGCCCAGCGGCCCAGCCCGGCCCCGCGCGUCACCGGGCUCGUGCAGAGGCAGUGAUCGGGCCAGGCCCGCCGGCCACCGCGCCCCCGUGCCACACGCUGCAGCGGCCGACGGGCGCACAGAGGGGCCGCACCAGCUGCCGCUGGGCGAGCCCAUCAGCCGGAGACCAGCGAGGCAGAGCCGGCACGGGAUCCGCCGACCGGACCGGGUCGAGGGGACACUGAGGACAGUAGGGCACCGCGGCGCCGCCCUGACCUGGCCAGUGUAUGCAGUGCACUGAGGCGCCGCCCUGACCUGGCCAGCAGUGUAUGCAGUGCACUGAGGCGCCGCCCUGACCUGGGCAGCAGUGUAUGCAGUGCACUGAGGCGCCGCCCUGACCUGGCCAGCAGUGUAUGCAGUGCACUGAGGUGCCGCCCUGACCUGACCAGCAGUGUAUGCAGUGCACUGAGGUGCCGCCCUGACCUGGCCAGCAGUGUAUGCAGUGCACUGAGGCGCCGCCCUGACCUGGGCAGCAGUGUAUGCAGUGCACUGAGGCGCCGCCCUGACCUGGCCAGCAGUGUAUGCAGUGCACUGAGGUGCCGCCCUGACCUGGCCAGCAGUGUAUGCAGUGCACUGAGGUGCCGCCCUGACCUGACCAGCAGUGUAUGCAGUGCACUGAGGCGCCGCCCUGACCUGGCCAGCAGUGUAUGCAGUGCACUGAGGCGCCGCCCUGACCUGGCCAGUGUAUGCAGUGCACUGAGGUGCCGCCCUGACCUGAGCAGUCCGGCCAGGAUGUGGUCUGUAAAGUAGUGUGCGACCUCACUGCUCAAAGUUUUAAACAAAGCAAGAGAUUCGCUGAGAAAUUGAUUGUGAAAACUGGUUAGCACACAUGGUACUGAAGAGAUUGUAACUAUUUUCAAAAUUGUUUUAACGCCAACGAAGCGCCAUGACGAUUAACACCGUGCGAUUGACUAAUGAGUUGAUAAUUCCCGACAAAUCGAGCAUUGCUAGGGUUGUAAAUACAGGCAACAAUGAAUUGAUAGUCGGUAAAAUGAGAAUAAUAAAGAAACGGUUUUGACACGUUACCGAUCUGUUCAAUGCAAUGUGUGCUAACCAGCUUUUUAAGUAAUUCGCCUAGCAAAUCUGGUGCAAUGUUUAUAGAGACGUUUACAGGGAUAGAGACGACGUUUAUAGACGUUUAUAGAUAUGUUUAUUGAGACGUUUACAGGGAGGAUAAAACUUAAAAAAAAACUUUAGUCAGGCAAUUCACAUACGCCGCCGAUGAAAGACAUAACUUUCGCCAGGUUUCAUACCAGCCUUUUUUUAAUUUUGCAUCCCGGCUAGCCGAAGUCAUGCCCGGGGAGUGUACUAUGUAUCACUAAACAUGUAGUUCUUGUAUCGGUUAUGCCUACACAUGUACACUGUACAGCGUCUAAUGUUCGCAGGCCGAGAAGUGACGAUUUUACGCAUACGCCAGUGCAUGCAAAACCAAUGGAGGUAAUAGAAUGGUGCAAUAGCCAAUAAACGGUACCACAA